CCGGGGACUGAAUUCAAUGAAUUGGAGAGAUCGUUGAACUACCUACUGCCGGUUCAAGUCCAGAAUCCCGGGGACGAAAUUUUAUGAAUUGGAGAUAUCGUUGAACUACAUACUGCCGGUUCAAGUCCAGAAUCCUCAUGAAUUUUUAACUGUUGAAGUUUUCUAUUCUAAAAUUAUUUUGAUAUUUACUUUCAGAAAUAUUUUUUUUCUUUCUCCCAAAACUGUAAAAGUUCGUAUAUUCUGUGUUUUCAAAAAGGAGAAUAGCUUUCAUAUCUUAUCUCGUAUAUUAUAUUAAUAUCUUGUAUCCUGAUAUAUGACAAUGUCCGGUGUCUGGCGUUAUAAAAUUUAUUUAUAUUUGAUUUAUAUUCUAAGAAAUCAUGUGGAGUGUGCACUGUAAAGAACAGAUGAUUACAUGUGUUCAAAUUUGCAUUAUUUCUGAUAUCUUUACAGUUUGUCAUUCAACAAAGGACAUCCAUGAAUGUUUUUUCAGAUAAUUAUCUUAAUUUAACAAUGACUGGGCUUGCUGUUGUCAAUAAGAGUUAUGCUGCAUCUGAUCCGGUUAAAACCUAUUGUCUGGAACAUUCUACUAAACUCCAUCCAGUUCAGCUAAAACUUCAAGAACAGACACUUAAACUGGAACAGGGAAGAAUGCUUGGAGCCCCAGAAGUGAUUUCCCUGAAUGCAAUCUUCAUCAGAUCAAUGAGAGCAAAAAAGGUUCUUGAUAUCGGAGUGUUUACCGGAGCCAGCAGCCUAGCCGCAGCACUAGCUCUUCCAGAGGACGGGAAGGUGCUAGCCUGUGAUAUAAAUGACACCUGGACCAAAAUGGCGCAGGAGUAUUGGGUAGAGGCUGGGGUUCAACAUAAGAUUGAAUUAGUUCUAGCUCCUGCUACGGAAACCUUGGAGAAAACAUUAGACAACGGAGAGAAAGGAUCAUUUGAUUUCGCUUUCAUAGAUGCAGACAAACCUAAUUACGAGAAGUACUUUGAACUCUGUUUAGAGCUGCUUAGAACAGGAGGAAUGAUGGCUUUUGAUAACACUUUAUGGAGUGGAGAUGUUCUAGAUGAAAGUAAAACGGAUUUAAAUACUUCUGCACUCAGAGAGUUGAACAAAAAGCUGAGUUCUGAUCCACGUGUUACAGCUGUUCUCUUGAAUGUGGGAGAUGGACUCACUCUGGUUACUAAGUUAUAAUUUGUUUUAACAAAUAAUUUUGAUUAAUAGUAAACAUGUGUGCAUU